ACCCCAGCCCUCGCUCGUACGCGCUCUCCGGGGGCAGAAGGCUUCGGGGAGCUAGCUUAGGCGGGUUCCUACCCCCGCCCGUCCCCUGCCGCCCUGGCCACCCCGUGCUGCGUCUCCCGCCCCGGCUCUAGACGCCUGGCCUGCUGGGGAGAGAGCGGAGCCGUGCGGACCACACAACUCGGAGGUCUUCCUUUCGUCUUUUCAGUUUCGCAAGUUGUGACCGAUUCGUGUGGCACUGAAUUUACUGGGUAGUGGCCAGCAUGUUUCAAAAGUGAAAAUGGAAGAGAAAAUAUGAGAGCACCCGUCAGGAUGUGAGGUGUGGGUCCUGCCACCACGACGGCCCCGGCGGCGGGGCUUGGACGCGGCCCGAGCGCUAUGUACAGCGUAGAAGACCUCCUGAUCUCCCACGGCUACAAGCUGUCCAGAGAGCUGCCGGCGCCGCGCAAGGAUGAUGGCGAGGGGCGCCAGCCCGUGAAGCCCCGGGCGCCGGCGGGCCCCGGCCUGCUGAACGGGUGUGACGAUGGCCCUGCCGCCUCCCCACGCGGCCAGGCCUCGCCGGGGGCCGGCCGCCUGAGCGAGCCCGACAGCCGCGGCCGCGGGCCUCGGGGCCUCGGGGAGCCCCCGAGCGCUGCUGCCGCUGCGCGGAUUUCCGAGGCUGGGCUCCGCCAGCAGCCCCCGGCCAGCCGCAGCCAUACCUACCGGAGGAGGGAGCAAGAAGCCCGCGAGGAGCCGGCCCGGGCCCCCAGCCCGCCCGCGCAAGCCACCCAGGGGCCCCGGGAGGCUGGCGGAAGGUGCGAGGACGUGAUGAGGAAGGCACUUUGCGAGGAAGGGCUGGGACUGGCGGGUCCCGCCAGAUGGCAGAGCGUCCGCGUCGGAGGCCAGGCCCAGCCACGGAACCCAGGGGGGCAGAUGCCGGCUGGCGUCGGGGAGAAGCUGUUCCAAGACCUGUACCCGUGUGUGCUUGGAGGCCACGGCUUGACCUCCGAGAAAUCCCAUUCGCUGCCGAGGGUUCUUUCCCCCGAGAGCCUGAGCUGCGUGGAGAUUCCCAUCCCUUUGAGCGACGGGCAUUUUCCAGGUGUCCCUCAAGUGGCAUUUCAGCCUUCAUUCGGUGCUCGCGAUUCGGAAGCCACCAGGAACCCCGAGAAGGGCGGCUCCUCGGCCCCCUUACCCCGGCCUCGGUUUGGGAGACCCCUCAAGCCUCCAUCUUACGGCUGCCACCAACACUGCAGGGCCAGCGGGGAAAACGGCAGCUACGCGGACAGCCGGCAGCCGGACUCGGCUGCCGCCCCCUCGGCCAAGGCGAACGACGCCGCCAGGCAGGAGCCGUGCGCGCCUGACCCCGGUCUGGAGCCCCCGGUGUACGUGCCUCCGCCCUCCUACCGGUCGCCGCUCCAGGCCGCCGCACCCGCCUGCCCGGGGGAGGCCCGAGGGCGGAGGCCCGAGGGCGGAGGCCGCCACACGCAGCGGCAGCCGGUGGAGAAGGCUGCUGCCGGCGGCCAGCCCCCUUCGGGCCCCCGGGGAGCCGAGGAGGAGCUGGGGCCCAGCCCGUGCUCUCCUGUCGGGGUCCUCCCGCAGCCCCGCCCCGCCACGGCUUGUGACGGCUCCGUCCUGUACAUCCCAUUCGACGACCCACGGAUACGACACAUUAGACUCGCCCGACCCCACGGGUUCUGGGAAGACGUGAAGCUGGACGGCCUUGUCCCUGCCACGGAGCCGGCGCCUGGAAGCCUGCAGCGGGAGGCUGUCGUUCGGGGCCCCUCGGGGAGCGAGAGCUGGCUGUGGGACCGGCUCCACGGGGGUGGAGAAGAUGGUGGCUUUGCUGAGCACAGAGACGCCUGCGUCUUCACUCGGAGUCAGCGGCCGGACGUGCACGCAGAAAGCCUCGUCUCCUCCCCGAGCCCCCAGGGCGAGAGUACCUGUGAGAUACAAACCCAGCUCAGAAAGUUCGAAGCUGGGCUGCAGACCAAGAAAAGUUCAAAGAAAAAAAUGAGCGAGACGAUAUUUUGUUUGGUUUCCAUCCCAGUUAAGUCAGAAUCACAUCUGCCAGCUACAGAUACGAACAACAAUGACUUAAAACAGAACGUGGAUGAAAGGCCUGGGCCCGAGAAGAGCGCGGCUCUGCGAGAGCAGAGUCUGCUGAGUUUGUCCUCCACCGACCUGGAGCUGCAGGCGCUCAUGGGCGGCAUGACCGGGAGGACGGAGCUCCAGAAAUCAGACCCGGGGAGCCCCGGAGGAGACCAGCCAACAGACGACCCCAGGUUCCCACACCCUGUGAAACACCGAGCGCUCGCGUGUCCUGGCUCGUGGCCCGGGCAGCAGUACAGAGACCAGCAAACGCAGACCAGCUUCACCCAGGAAUCCCAAAGCCCGCGGCCCCUCCCUGGGGAGAUGUGGGGAGGGUCCCCCGACACCGCGCUGCCUCCAAGAUGUUUGGACGCCUUCGAGGUUCAGAUGCACGUGGCGUUGGCGUCCAGCGACCAGAACCAGAGGCCCGGGGCUCCUUCCCCGAAAGGCCAAGGGGGGCCCCUGAGCCCGUGCGGCGGCGGCACCAUCUCAGGGUCUUCCUCGCCCAGGAGCCAGGCCCCCGCACCAAGGGCCGGCCCGGGUGAGCCACGCGUGGACGGCCGUGUCCGCGGAGGCAGCCCGGUGCCCAGGGCCGAGGUUGUCAAGGGGGCGACCACAGGCCCCUGCAACAGCAGACAGCCGUUUGGGCAGUUCCUCCUGAAGCCCGUCAGCCGCCGCCCCUGGGACCUGAUCAGCCAGUUGGAAAGUUUCAACAAGGAGCUUCAGGAGGAGGAAGGGGGCCGGGACGGCGGCAGCGGCCGCGAGGACAGUGAGACAGAGCCGCCCUGGGGAGGCCGCAGCCAGCCUGUGUCCACGCGCCCAGGCCUCCCGGAGGGCCGGGCACCCGAGGACCCGGGGCCCAGGCCGGGGAGCGUCAAGAGCAAGCCCGAGAGCUGGGCCGAGGAGGCGAGGCCUUGGGCCCCCGGGUCCCGUCAGGCAGACGGCAGCGGGCGCGCCGCAGGGCCGUCGCCCCCCGGGAGCCGGAUGGCGGAGGGGCGGGACCGGGAGGUCGAGGCCGGGGCGCCCGAGCCGGCCGUCAGCCCGAGGCCUGUGAGACGAGCCGCGUCUUCCGGGCCGAGCGAUGCCGCAGCAGGGCCCCCGCCCGAUGCAGCGGAACCGAGGGCGCCCCCGCCGAGUCGGGAGCUCAGUGCUGCGGAGCUGAGCGCAGCCAGCGCACCCAAGGCGGGCGGUGGGGGGCGGGGGACCACGGGGGCCCCCUUGUCCGCGGCUGGCAAACCCCGAGGCCUGUCGGCGCCAGACUUGAGGUCUGUGGGGCUAACGCCGGGGCAGGAGCAGAGCGCCGGCCAGUUAGCGGGGUCUCCGGGGGAAGUCAGUGCAGUAGAAAUCCCCCCAAACGAGUCCCUGCAAGCCAGGGCCGCCAGGAUCCUGGGCAUUGAGGUGGCCGUGGAGUCCCUGCUGCCAGGCGCCCGGAGGACGGGGCGGAGUCAAGACCCCGAGCCUGAGGGAGGCGCCCGCGGGCUUGAGGCCCGCAGGCGGGACGCAGCGGCCGGCCCAGCCCGGCGGUGUGACCCCGCCGCGUCCGCCGACGCCUUCUACAGCAGGAGGAGGUGUGGCUGGACCGAAAGCCCUCUGUUUGUGGGAGAAGUGGGCAGCGCCCGGCAGGCUCCCCAGGCCUCCGAGCCCGCCGGCGUGGACGGGGCCGUCCCCAGCAAGGCCCCCGAGCCUCCCCCCAGCCCCCAGGAGUGCCGGCCCUUCCAUCCCAAGGACGUGGGGACAAAGCCACCCUUCAGGUCCACCUUGUUCCAUUUUAUAGAAAGGACCCCAAAUUUGGCAGCCUCCGAAAAGAGGCUCCGAAGCACGUCCAAAGUGAUUGAAAGUUUACAGGAGAAACUGGCGUCCCCCCCGCGGAGGGCAGACCCCGACCGCCUGAUGAGGAUGAAGGAGGUGAGCUCUGUGUCUCGGUUGAGGCUCCUGACCUCGCGGGGCGCGGACUCUGCGGAGGAGGCCGAGGACCUGAAGGCCGAGAGGGGCCCCGGGGCUCUGAGCGCCAGGCACAAGCUCUCUGACCCCAAGGGUGCCCCCCCGCUGGAAGAAGACGGGCAUCCGACAGCACAAAGGGAGGAGAACGGCGCUCAGGACUUCUGGUGCCCAGGUGAGGAUCGGGGCAGGCGGGCGGGCGCGUUGUGUUCAGUCGACGUCCCGAGAGCAUCGGAACACAAGAUUCGUACGACCCUAGCAGGGUGGAGAGGGUGUGAUGACGCGCCAGUGGAGUGCGGGGCUGUCCUCUGCUAACAGAGUGAUCUCCGAGGUGGCCUCAGCCCCGCCGCCUGGGAGGAAGCUGGGACCCUCGCUGUGACAUCCUGUCCCCACGGCCGCCAGGAAACUCAUCAGCCCUAGAGAGUCACUCUGUGGAAGUAAAGCAGUAGUCGGUUGAAACCAUCUGUUUUUAUGGCACGAAGAGUUAAUACCUGUAUUUAGAAAAGAGUCACAAAGACCCUCCUUAAUGAUGGGUUUAGCCAAGCUGGUAAAGAAUUUGGUGUUAAUCUGGCUGUAUGUGAAAACUCAAAUGUGGAUGAUAUAAUGAAUGAUUUUUUAAAAGGGCCGUGAAUGUCGUAAAUCCCCCUUCGCUUCCCCGUGGCCUGCGGUCCCCGCUCUUGUCACAGAGUCUGGGAUGCAGGCCACUGCUAGUGUGUCAGCACUUUGAGUUCUGGGGAAAUGUGAACGCAUAUGUAUGAUCCAUUUCUCAUCAGUCUGGCCUUCUGCUGAAGUCACUUUACGUAUAAGUAACUUGCCAUCAGAGAAUAAAGCUGUAGCUUUUAAGUUCCCGAAAGAUUCAGACUUGUACCAUAAUGAACUAAGAGUGUUAUUUAUCUGGCAAUGAGAUGCUUUGAUCGUUUGCAAACAUGAUGUUGUCUGCUUUGCACUCAGUAUUAUCUAUUUUUAUUUCCUGUAUGGAUGUUUAGAAAUUCUUUAUAUGAAAAAUAAUUGCUGGUUUAAAAUAGACCAUUUUAACAAAGUAACUAUAUUUCUUUUUACAAAAACGCUAUUUUUCUAUGAUGUAAACAAUUGUUAGGUGGCAGAUUUUUAAGGAAGUUUAUUGUAUUUAAGACUCUGUAUCCCUUUGUGUGAGAGGAACCCAAAGAGGGUUCACAUUUGCUUUAAAGCAUAUAGCCCUUACCCGUUCACAACUCUGCUACUUUUAGUUUAUCUUAGAAAGAGAUGUCAAUAUAGGCAUUUUUCAGGGUUAAUAAAAUUAACUUUUCACAAAGAUUUUUUUACAAAGAGAGCUGUACGGUUAUAUUUGAAAAUAACCCUCUUAAAACCAGCCAACAUCCUUAAGACAAAUUUUUGCUGCCACAGCCACUAGAAUUACCAAAAAACAUAGUUUCAGCUUUGUACGUCCGUGGGGAUCCGCCCUGAGACCACCCCUCCCCUCCUCCCACCCCGCCCCUUUAAAGAAAUAUGUAUUUUUACCGAGAAUCAUCCUUAAUCAGUGUCUGCAUAGUUUUCAAAAGUGCUAGAGACGUUGUAUGUAUGCCAUUACAAAAGUAUUACGAGGCCUAUGUAUUCUCCUGUUUACUAUUGCAUUAACCUGCGCAAAGUUUAUGCAUUUUUUAUGCGUUUGUCCCUUCUUUCUAAGUCGGGCGUUCUUGGGAGCUAACAUUUCCUGAAUGGUUUCUUGUCUCCUCCCUCCCUCCUUUUCCUCUCCUUUUUUUUUUUUCUUUUUCUUUCUUCUUUCCUUCUCUCUGUCUCUCUCUUUUUCAGAAACCACCUUAUCUAUUUUUAGGCAUUUCAAAUUCCUAAAAUGUGAACUAUUGGGUGGUCUGCAGUUUGGCCCUAAAACAACUCUGGGCUUUCAUGGCCUGUUUUUAUCUGUACCUUAUGAUUUUAUUUCAUCAGAACUUCAUGUAUUUGGAUGGUAAUAAACAACACAGAAUCCAAGCAGUUCUGAAAAGUCUUUUCAAACACAUUUCCCCGCAGCCUUGGUUCUUACCUGUUACUCCUAGUUACUCCUUUCCAGAUUUUGGUUCCUGUGAAAUUAGAGGAUUCUCUGCUUCUCACAACACACGGGGACGAUGGGCCAGGCCUCUGCCAGGAAUGGCUGGAACUGUUUUUCCCAGGAAAGAUGUCGUGGGGAAGAGGCCGCUUUACUGUGCUGUAGUUGGUGAACCACGGGCGUCAUCUGGUAGCACUCAGUGAGAGCGGCUCCUGGGGGUCCUCGUGGGUGUGCAUUCCUGUUAAGUGCAGAUGAAGGAGGGCAUGUGUGUAUAUACGUAUGCAUAUAGACACGUACGUGUAUCAUCCAUGUACAUACAUCUUAACGGUUCCGACUUCCCCUUACAUUUUAUUGGUCCCAUCUAACACUUCUUUUAACCCAAAGAAUCCAAUUACAGCUUAUUCCUCGAGAGAAAGAGAAGGACCCUAAAGGGAAGAAAUUACCGAACCUUAUGUAUAUCACAAACCAACCAAACUGCGACCCUCUUCCUUUCUUCUAAAUUGUUGUAUCACAGCACUCUAAAAGCGUUCUGAAAAUGUGGUGGAAAUUAUCAAUAUUUAUACUUCUAACCUUAAUUUCUGGAUUCCAGCCUGUACAUAAGUCUUCCGGGGGUGGGGAGGUGUGGGGAUGGUAACUUUGAAAAUGUGGCUUUUAAACUUGCGUAUUCUGAGGUAAAUAAUACAGUCUCUAAUCAAAAAGAGCUUUUCCAGGGCUUUUGGAGUUCAGCUGAUUAGGCUUUUAUUAUUUCUGUUUCUUAUACACACACAACCCUCCGUUAUCAUUUGUGGCUUCAUAUUUUGUGUUUGUCUUUCUUUUUCUCAUUCAGAUGACUUACUAUUAGUGUUUAAUAAUUGGUGGCUUAUAAAAUUAAAAGUUCUCAUUUUGGCUAUUUGGACUAAAAGAAUUAUAUGAGGAAUCACAUUUGAAAUGUAUUUGUAUUUCUCGAUUUGCAAAAGAAGGGGACUAUGUUAAUAUAGCUGUAAUUACCUUUCUUUGAAGAAAAUUUCUGAAUGAUUGAAAACCAAAUAUCUUUAGUAUUGUUUUGAACCUUCCGUUUCUGCAGACCACAGGAAACACCUAAGGAUGCACAGCCCCUGAUGGCAUCUUCAGAAUCCUUUUCCACGUUGUACGUGAACUCUUUGGGUUCCUUUUUUAAAACUCCCUUAAAAAUGUAUGUGCUCUCUGAGAUCCUGGCUUCCUUCUGAGAGUUGUAGGUUGAGGUUUGAUUCAUGUGGAAAUUCUCAGUAGAUCUUUCUUUUUCCACGUGACUGUUGGUGAAGGGCUGUCUGUCGUUAAUGGAAGUCCGAGUGUUUGAACUCAAAUGACUCUGAAACUAGACACCGACCGCUUUUUCCAGCAGUGAAAUGACCUGCUCUGAUAGCACCUUGGUUUAGGCCUUCUGGGGAAAAGUGAUGAACCUGAUCCUCUGUUGACACGACUCCUUCCCAGCUCUGAGCAGAAAGGGCUGAUGGAAGAUAAGAUCAACCCACCAUCUCAUCCGUGACCCUCCAAGAUCUUGUUUGUGUGGUUUGGCUAUUCUUUUGUUUAAAAUGACUAAAUUAUACACAAUUCAGUGUCAGGUCAGCAUCUCCUAGUAACUGACCAGCACAGCAGAAUCCCUCUCUGGAGAUCUGGGCUUAGAGACUUGUACGCAGUUACUUUACUGCUGGGACUUUGUUCCCCCAGGUCCGUGUGCGCGCAGGAGACGGUGCCCCGGGGAUGGAGUGAAGGGUGGGAGGUGUUUCUUAAGCUGAAGCUAUUGCAGGCCUGGGGGAUUUUUGCAUUUUCUUCUUAUUUUGUUUUGAACUGCAGAUUCUGUACAUCUGUGUGUGGGAGGAGAGUUGCUUCUCAGGACAAGAUUUAAGAGACAGAUUCCAAGUGACCUUUAAGAGUCUGCCUGGUGGGAGGUCCUUUGCCAGGACCGUGGGUUGGUCCACUUGGGGACCCGCCAAGCCAAGACGGGGGAGAUGAUAAAAUAACACGAAAGAUAGAAUGGUCCCCCAGCCUGCAUGUUUUGUUUUAAAAAGAAAAAAGGGGUGUGGGGAGUGGUGAAGACUCUAAUUCAGCCUCUGGAAAAGGUGGACGGGGCCCAGCUCACAGCUCCCCGGGAGAGCCUCGGGUCCGCGGGCGGCGAGGGAAGGGGCAGAGCGCCUGCAGAGCCCCACCCGUGGGGCUUGAGGGCCCCAUCACGGCGGUGUGCACUGCACAGGGCAGGGAGGUCCUUGUUCUGUGGCCUCUGCUCAGCGACUGGACUUGAACCUCCGGCAAGUCCAGGUCGUCGAGCGAUUCGUCCCAGGGCCUUGACUGGGGGGUGAAGGGAGCCCUCCGCUCGAGAUGAGCCCACUCCAGGGGGCAGCCAGGCCGCUGGGUGGCCCACACCCCGUCUCCGGCCCCUCACCCCACGCACAGCAGGGCCAGUGUCGGGGGGACCGAGGGAGGCAGAAGGCCAGUCCAAGUCCAGGUGCGUUCGGCAGGGAAGCCAGAGCAGCCCGGGGAGAAGCGUCGCCUGCGCGCGAUGCAAGUCAGCCCGGCGCCCGGCCUGCGCGAGGCUACGCCGAAGCCGAAGCCCUCAAGUCACAAAGCGGGACAGACAAACGCAGGGGAUUUGGUGAGGGCGGCGCCCCGUAAUCCCAUCAUUUCUUUGGGCACCGGUAUAACGUAUUAACACAGUAAGGCGGGGAGAGGGGGUCCCAGGAAAAGACGCAGCAGGUCACGGCCGAUUCCCAGCCGCGGUCGUGGCUGCCCCCGAGACCCUGACUGGGGAGAGGUGAAGCGGGGGGACGAGUGGCCUCAGCAGAGCUCAGCUGGCUGCCUUCAAGGGGCUCUUCUUGUGCUUCUCCGCACGAUGUAAAUACUGGCUAUUUCGGGAUGGUUGACCCGCUAGGUGACACGUAUUCCAAAUAAAGACUUCGCUUGAAAAUA